AUGCUCGACGACGUCCCUCGGACGCGCGCGUACCGCGUCGCGUUGGAGAAGAACCCGACGCUGACAGCUGGCGCGACGGUGUUGGACGUCGGCUGCGGGACGGGGAUCUUGUCCAUGUUCGCCGCGAGAGGCGGCGCCGCGAGCGUCGUCGGCGUCGACGGCGCGGCCGCGAUCGCGGACGUCGCGCGCGCGAACGUGAGGGAUAACGGAUUGUCGGAUAAGGUGACGAUCGUGCACGGGAAGCUGGAGGAGUUGCUUCGAGAAGAAGAAGAAGAAGAAGGAGAAGGCGCCGGCGGCAGGUUAUUACGCGCGGCGGCGGCGGACGGGUCGACGUCGAAAUUCGACGUCUUGGUGUCCGAGUGGAUGGGAUACGGGCUCCUGUACGAGUCCAUGCUCGACACCGUCAUCGCCGCGCGGGACGCGCUGCUCAAGCCCGGCGGCGCGGUGCUCCCGGACGUCGCGACGAUUCACGUCGCGGGGUUCGGCCGCAACGCGACGAGCCUCCCGUUCUGGGACGACGUGUACGGGUUUCGAAUGCCGGAGGUGCAGUCGCGUUUAAUCCAAGACGCGGCGCGCUCUGGUUUCGCGGUCGUGUGCCCGGUGAAGGGCGAGCACGUCGUGACAUCCUCCGCGGAAGUCCAGAGGCUCGACCUCGCGACGAUGACCGUGAAGGACACGGAGUUCACGUCGUCGGAGUGCGUCUUGACGGCGCGCGGCGACGGCGUCCGCGGCGACGAAGAAGACGCUUGCCACGGCGUCGUGAUGUGGUUCGACACGGAGUUCAGCGCGCGGUUCUGCGUCGACGCGCCGACGACGCUGUCCACGAGUCCGUACGAGGAGAAGACGCACUGGGCGCAGGCGAUGCUGCACUUCCCGGAGCCGAUAUUUUUGCAUCCGGACGGGUGCCUCGCGACGACGGGCGGCGGCGGCGGCGGCGGUUCGGAAUCGGAAUCGGAAUCGGAUCUCGGCGGCGAAGCGCGCCCCGCGCACGGGGUGAAGGUGAGAUUGGGGAUGGCGAAGUGCGACGCCGCGCGGAACGAUCACCGCGCGUUGGACGUUUCGCUGGAGUGGGUUCCCGUGGACGCGGACGGGAACGAAGGCGGGAAGAGGCGCGCGAGGAUAUACAAGCUGUAG